CCUCUGAAGCCCCGCCUUCACGCGCCGGAAGCCCGCCUCGAGGCUAAUGCCAGCCAAUCAAGAAGCCCAGUGGCUCGUCACUAACCUCUGCCCUGCUGCCGCGAAGGAGCGCGGGAAAUCCCGAGUUUCUGGAUGCCGUUCUGCCGCUGGGGCCAUGGCCACCUCCUCGGUGUCCAAGGGCUGUUUUGUGUUUAAGCCAAACUUCAAGAAGAGAAAGAUCUCUGUGCCAAUAGAGGAGUAUUUUAAUGAAGGGAAAAAUGAGUCUGAGGACAGUAAGCUUCGAUUUGAAACUUAUCAGUUGAUAUGGCAGCAGAUGAAAUCUGAAACUGAGCAAAUGCAAGAGGAAUUAAAUAAAAACCUGUUUGACAGUCUAAUCAAAUUUCUACAAAAGUCUCAUUCUGGAUUCCAGAAGAAUUCAAGAGACUGGGGCUGUCAAAUAAAAUUAAGAGAAAUUCCAACUGCUGCUCUUAUUCUAGGUGUGAAUGUAACAGAUCAUGAAUUUACAUUCAGAAGCCUAACAGAAGCCGUUCAGAAUAAUGUCACUCCAUAUGUAGUCUCAUUACAAGCUAGAGACUGUCCAGAUAUGAAACAUUUUUUACAAAAGGUGUUCUCACAGUUGAUGGACUGCCAUGUAGAUGUGGAAUCCAAAGAGGAGGAAAAAGAUAUCCAGAAAAGGACACAUUGUUCAAUGGAUUCUCUUUCGAGUUGGUAUAUGAAUGUCACACAGACAGACCCAGGAAAGCCACGGAAGAAGAGGACUUCUAGCCAAGGGCAAUCUCCUCCUGUUGUGCUUAUCUUAAAAGAUAUGGAAAGCUUCGCCACAAAAGUACUCCAAGACUUCAUAAUUAUCAGCAGUCAGCAUCUACAUGAAUUUCCACUAAUACUCAUUUUUGGAAUUGCCACAUCUCCUGUUAUCAUCCAUCGGUUGCUUCCUCAUGCAGUAUCAUCUAUGUUGUGUAUAGAAAUAUUCCAAUCUUUGUCUUGCAAGGAGCACCUGACUACAGUAAUUGAUAAGCUACUUCUUACAACUCAGUUUCCCUUUAAACUAAGUGAAAAAGUAUUACAGAUUCUGACCAGCAUCUUUUUAUAUUAUGAUUUCUCAAUACAGAACUUUAUAAAAGGACUUCAGCUUUCUCUAUUAGAGCAUUUCUAUUCCCAGCCCCUCAGUGUUCUAUGUUGUAAUCUCCCAGAAGCCAAGAGAAGAAUACAUUUUUUAUCAGAUAAUCAAUGUGAAAACAUCCGACGUCUUCCAUCAUUUAGGAGGUACGUGGAAAAGCAAGCUACAGAAAAGCAGGUUGCACUGUUGACUAAUGAGAGAUUUUUAAAGGAGGAGACACAAUCAUUACUAGAAAGCCUGCAUGUGUACCAUACAAAUUACUUUCUGGCUUUGAGAUGUCUUCAUCAGUUCACUUCUUCUCUUCCCAAGUACCCAUUGGGUCGACAGAUCAGAGAGCUGUACUGCACAUGUUUAGAAAAGAACAUAUGGGAUUCAGAGGAGUAUGCAUCGGCCUUGCAGCUGCUGAGAAUGUUGGCAAAGGAUGAACUGAUGACCAUCCUUCAGAAGUGUUUCAGCGUUUUAAAGUCCUCUUCUGAAAAGCAGCUUGGCAGCACAGCAAAGAGGAUAGAGGAGCUCCUGGCCCAGCUUCAGAGCCUGGAUGCAGAAAUCAAAGAGGAAGAAGAUGCUUCUGGGUCACAGUCAAAGGGGCUUCAGAAGACAGACCUCUAUCAUCUUCAGAAGUCACUAUUGGAAAUGAAGGAGUUAAGAAGAACAGGAAAGAAACAAACCAAGUUUGAAGUCCUGAGAGAAAAAGUUGUGAACUUCAUUGACAGUCUGGUGAGAGAAUACCUUCUGCUUCCCGAGACACAGCCUCUGCAGGAGGUGGUGUACUUCACCGCCGCUCACACCCUUCACGAGCACCUCAAUGCUGCUCCGCGCAUGGCCCUCCACACUGCGCUCAACAACCCCUAUUAUUAUCUCAAGAAUGAAGCACUGAAAAGUGAAGAAGGCUGCAUUCCAAAUGUCGCCCCAGACAUCUGCAUAGCAUAUAAACUGCACCUCGAGUGCAGCAGGCUAAUCAACCUUGUGGACUGGUCAGAGGCUUUUGCAACAGUUGUGACAGCUGCUGAAAAAACAGAUGCCAAUUCUAUAACCUCAGAAGAAAGGAAUGACAUUAUUCAUGCUCGGUUCAUUAGAGCUGUUUCUGAACUGGAGCUUCUAGGAUUUAUAAAACCUACCAAACAGAAGACUGACCACGUGGCAAGGCUAACAUGGGGAGGCUGUUAGAAAGCAAAUGAAUGAAGCCACAAGGAUCACAUUUAGUUAAAAGAAGAGAGAGACCAGUCAUACUUACUUACCACUAGAGGACAAAUGUAUAAUCCCCACAUGAUAUUUAACCAGGAAGUAGACUGUUAAUCCCAAACAGGACUAUAUCAAAACACUUUCGGCAUACUUUGGAAUCCAGUAACAAGCUUACAUUGUAACUGAAACCUUUCUCACAUUAUCACUAAUUUUCAUAUUAAUAAAAUGUUCUUGAACAUAGUCUGUAAAUGUAAUAACUUUAUUCAGGAGUAUAAAGUAUUUGCGGUUGAUUUAAUAGUACUCAUUCCUACUCCAAGACAUUUUGGAGACAUGGGAAAAUCUGAGUAUGGACUGGAUGUUCAAUUAAUUAAGGGAGUAUUUUAAGUGAGAUAAUAGUUUCUAGUUAUAUAGGACUACCUUAUUCUUAGAAGCUGCACUAUGUAUGUUCUUUGAAAUAAUUAAAUAUAAACAUAUAAACAAAUAUGGUACAGUAACUGUUCACUUUAA